AUGCGCGCGCUGAUGCAGGAGCAGAGGAACAGGAACGGGCGGUCGCGGCUCUCCGGCGUCCGGGUGGGGCGUUCGCCGGCGGCGGCAUCUCCGUCCCGCCGCCGCCGCCGCCGCCGCAAGAGCGGGAGCGGCUUGGCGGCGGCGGCGCCGCAGCUGGGUCCGUCGCGGUCGCGGACGCGAACUCGCCGGGACGGGAAGAGGCGGGCCCUCGCGCGCUCCGCGUCCGAGCCGGCGCUCUGGCUCGGCGACGCGCGGGUCCACGCCGUGCCGCCGCACGGGGUCGAGCACGAGCUUGAGUGCCCGCCGUCCCCGCCGGCGCCGCCGCUCGAGCGUCCGCACACCUGCUUCGACGUCUUCGCCCCGGAGGAGUCGGUCUUCGGUCGCUCCCCCUCUGCCGCCUCCCUCGCCAAGCUCUGCUCCCGGGACCGGGAGGAGGCGAAGGUGGUGGUGAGCGUGACGGUGGAGGGGAGCGUCGGCCCGGUGAAGGCCAUGGUCAGGCUGGGCGCCAGCGUCGGGGAGGCCAUUGCUGCCGUCGUCGAGAGGUACGCCAGGGAGGGGAGAAGCCCGCGCCUGGACCCGGCCGCGGCAGAGAGCUUCCAACUUCACCACUCUCAUUUCAGCCUUCAGAGUUUGAACAAAAACGACAAAAUUGGAGAUGUGGGAGGCAGGAACUUCUACCUGCACAAGAACGAUUCAAGUAAUGGGCUUUACCUCCAGGGCCAGGAGCCUCCUGAUGCAAAUUCAAGUCGUAGUGACAUCAGCUCGAGCUCCUCCUUAGGACAGCCAUCUGGUGGUGCUGCUACAAAUCAGUAUCAGGUCCUCACCAUUGUCAUCAGUAAGCUCGACAAAAUUGGCCGGCGGACGAGGCGCAUCUGGAGGUUCAUCACUUGCAACAACUGUACAUGA